AUGGCAUCGCCCGUGUAUUUCCAACAUCUGCGAGCGGAAGGCCACGAUGUGCUAUGGAAUCGACUCACUGUCUCCAUGAAAGGAUUACUACCCGAGAUUAAAGCCGUCUACGCUUCUGGUCAGCUGAAGUCUGCCAAACCACGCACAAAAGAGAGGAUUGCGGAGACGGUCGAAGAGUAUCGGAACUGUCGCCUUCUGACAGAAGAGUCGCCACCGAGAACCACAUCAUUGACACUUGAUGAUCUGUUACACAUCUUCAAAUACCAUCACAACGUCAUCGUCCCGAUGUUCCAGCGAUUCGCUACUUGGGUACUCGAGAACCUGGCCAGGGAGAUUGAACCGCCAUCAUCAACCGUGUCCAUGGACAUCCUGCAGCACUUGGAAAGAAUGUUCUACGCCUGGGAGAUCGAGGAGAUUCUCUGCAUCUACACCUUCGUGCAGGAUCAAUAUCACGACAUCUUUAAUGCGGUCCGAGAGGAUCUAGACCCGAUGAACUUUGACAUGGAUAGUGAAUUUCUUAUGACAGAAACCUACCUCGAAGGCACAGCGUCCCAGGGUCUCUCGCUGUUGCAUCGAGCCCUGUGUGAAAUGGAGAAGGAUCAAGCCCAGCUUUUCCAAACCAUGCAGGCAAGACUUUGUUGUGACGAGACUGAAUUUAUCGGGACCAAUGAAAUUCUGUCGCCCUCUAUGAUUGAGGGACGUCUAAUGCACGACGGGCUCACGGACCGGGACUUGAGGUCGCAAGCCCGCGAGGCCUUUCCAUUACGGGGCGAUCAUGUCCCAGACCCCAAGGGCGAGUUCCCGCCACUCGUUUGGACCUUACUCUGGCACGAUACCUACAGCAACAUCAUGGGCUGCUGGAUUCCGAGCGCGCUGCGAAACUGGGGAUACGUCUUCUGGGAUGCUGGGAAAUUCGAGACUGGGGCAAAAGAAGUACUGGUGCGACAGUGGAAAAGUCUCUAUUGGGGUGAGGAAAUGGAUCCGAGGAACAACCUUUGUGAGGAGUAGCGGCGCCGAAUUCCGGAGUUUGUACGUACGGCGCAUACUACCACC